AUGGCGGGCGCGGAUCGCGCAAAGCUGGAGGAGGACGAGGAGGCGGCGCUGUGGCGCGCGGUGGAGGCGGGCGACGAGGCGCACCUCGCGUCGCUCACCGCCGCGCAGCUCGCCGCCGCGAGAGCGCUCCGCAACGACGACGGGCGCUCCGCCAUCCACGUCGCGGCGGCUGCCGGGCACGCGGGGUCAGCGAGCAGCAGCGGCCGAGCGGCGGUGGUGGAGGUGUUGCUGCAAGCAGGAGCGGAUGCAACGGCAGCCAACACGGGGGGCAGGGCUGCGCUGCACUAUGCUGCCAGCAAGGGCCACGUGGCGAUUGUCCAUUCGCUGCUGAGAUCGCCCGCAGUGCAGAAGAAAGGGAUCAAUCAACGGGACAAGCUGGGGUGCACGCCUCUGCACAGGGCAGCAGGUGCGGAUCAGAGUGCGGUGUGCGAGGUGCUGGUGGAGGAGGGCGCUGCCAUUGACGCCGCUGAUAAUGCUGGGCGCACGCCCGCCAUGACCGCCGCUGAGUGCGAGCAUGACCAGGUGGUGCUGCUGCUGGUGCGGCAUGGUGCGAGCAUUGAUGCAAGGGACAAGGAAGGCCUCACUCUACUAGACCACUGCUCCUCCGCGCAGCUACGCAAGGCAGUGCAGCACACCGCUCACGCAGCCGCGCAUGGUGCAGGCGACACAGCAGGCGGCGGCGGUGGUGCGACUCAAAAAGUCACCGCUCGCACAGCCGUGCAUGGUGCAGGGGGCACGGCAGGUGGCAGUGGUGGUGGUGUGCGCAUGGACGUUGAUGGUUGGCUAGUGCUGUGUGGUUUGAUUUGA